AUGCCAUCUUUUCCCAUCCUGAACAGCUUUGGGAAGCUGUGUGGCUCGGGCGAUGAACUGGUGCUGGAAAAAGUGAAAUUUCGAAAUUCAGUCAAAAGGAUGUCAGUAAUUGAGGAUGGGGACAUUGCAGAGGUCUUGUAUCUCAUUCCCAAGCAGAGCUUCCUGAAGAAACUGCCCUACUUGAAUCCAGAUGACUACUACUUGUGUGAGCAGUUAUUUGACACCCCUGAGCAUCUGGUGGCCCAUCCUCAGGAGCCCCACCACCCCUCGGAAAAGCCGGUCAUCCACUGCCAUAAAUGCGGGGAGCCUUGUAAAGGUGAAGUGCUCCGUGUUCAAGCCAGACACUUCCACAUCAAAUGCUUCACCUGCAAAGUGUGUGGCUGUGACCUGGCCCAAGGAGGCUUUUUCAUUAAGAAUGGAGAAUAUCUCUGCACCUUGGAUUACCAGCGCAUGUACGGCACCCGCUGCAAYGGCUGCGGGGAGUUCGUGGAAGGCGAAGUUGUGACUGCUCUGGGAAAAACCUAUCACCCAAGCUGCUUUGCCUGUACUGUGUGCAAGCGUCCAUUUCCACCGGGAGAUCGAGUUACCUUUAAUGGAAGGGACUGUCUCUGUCAGAUGUGUGCUCAGCCCAUGGCCUCCAGCCCACGAGAACUGUCUGCCUCAAGCAAUUGUGCCGGCUGUGGAAGAGACAUAAAAAAUGGACAAGCACUGCUAGCCCUGGACAAGCAGUGGCACCUGGGGUGCUUUAAGUGCAAGGCCUGUGGGAAGGUCCUAACUGGGGAAUACAUCAGCAAAGAUGGUGCUCCUUAUUGUGAAAAGGACUACCAAGUUCUUUUUGGAGUCAAGUGUGAAGCAUGUCACCAGUUCAUUACUGGGAAAGUCCUAGAGGCAGGUGACAAGCAUUAUCAUCCAAGCUGUGCACGAUGCAGCAGAUGCAACCAAAUGUUCACAGAAGGAGAAGAAAUGUAUCUGCAAGGUUCCACUGUCUGGCAUCCCGACUGUAAGCAAUCCACCAAGACUGAAGAGAAGCUCCGGCCUACAAGAACAUCAUCAGAAAGCAUUUAUUCCAGACCAGGUUCCAGUAUACCUGGCUCUCCAGGCCACACUAUCUAUGCAAAAGUAGACAAUGAAAUCCUUGAUUACAAGGAUUUAGCAGCCAUUCCCAAAGUCAAGGCCAUUUAUGACAUUGAACGUCCAGACCUAAUUACUUAUGAGCCAUUCUACACUUCCGCCUACGAGGACAGACAGGAGAGACAGAGUCUUGGAGAGUCUCCAAGGACAUUAUCACCUACCCCUUCUGCAGAAGGCUACCAGGACCUUCGGGACCGCAUGAUUCACAGGUCAACCAGCCAGGGCUCCAUUAACUCSCCCGUGUACAGUCGGCACAGCUACACCCCCACCAUGUCACGUUCCCCCCAGCAUUUCCACAGACCUGGCAAUGAGCCGUCCAGCGGUCGGAACUCCCCUGUCCCCUAUCGGCCUGACAGUCGCCCUCUCACUCCAACUUACGCUCAGGCCCCUAAACAUUUCCAUGUUCCAGAUCAAGGUGUCAACAUUUACAGGAAACCGCCAAUCUACAAACAACACGCUAAGUUCCCUGAUUGCCAUCUAGAUGCAGCUGCCUUGGCAGCACAGAGCAAGUCCUCCGAGGAUAUCAUCAAGUCCUCCAAGUUCCCAGCAGCUCAUGCACCAGCACCCAACGAGAUACCAAAGAUUGAGACUGACCACUGGCCAGGCCCUCCCUCCCUGGCUGCCAUAGGAGCUGACAUGAGACGCAGAUCAAGUGGGAGGGAGGAAGAUGAUGAGGAGCUGCAGAGACGCCGGCAGCUGCAGGAGGAGCAGCUCAUGAAGCUCAACUCUGGUCUGGGACAGUUAAUACUGAAGGAAGAGAUGGAGAAGGAGAGUCGGGGUAGGUCAGCCCUUUCUGCCAGUCGUUACGAUUCUCCAGCAGCACAUGCUUCAGCCUCCAAAACCUCUUCUCUCCCUGGGUAUGGAAAAAAUGGACUUCACAGGCCGGUCUCUACGGAUUUUGGUCAGUACAACAGUUAUGGGGAUGUGAGUGGUGCUGUUAGAGAUUUCCAGGUAGAGUACGGGUUUUCAUCAAUCAACUGACAACAGAACUUAAAGCAGCUACUUGUUCAACUCUGAAUUUCUGCUACAGGGAAGGGUUUUCUUAAGACAAUAGCUUUGGUUUUCCUGCAUGUUUAAGCAUAAUCACCAAUGUAGAUYCUUAUCAACAAAAAACAGGCACAGCCUCGGAUUCCUCCUUGUUACCUCCCCAGAGCUGAGUUGAGACAGCUCACACCAGUUCUGUGACUUGCUCUGUAAAAUCCACUGUCUGUUCAUAUAUGAGUUAUCUGUAACAGUCUUUGGACAUGUGAGGGUGGAUUUAUUUCCAGCCUCUCUGGUACUGACCCCAGAGACACACAGAAAGUCUCUUCUGGAGGCAAUUUUCUCUCAUACCAGGAGUUUGAACUCCUCAUUUUUACCCUGGAAUUUGCUCUCCAGACAAGAUGGCUGAUGAGUAGUUUUCUACAGUGCUGCCAUCAUAAAUGGGCCAGAAAGAGGUGUGCUUGCAAAUAGAAAUCUUUUUACUUCAAUUACUGCCUGCAGGGUUUUUUUUCAGAAUGGUUUGAGUCUGCCUGGCUCCUCAGCACAAUCACAAUAUGAAAUGGCGAUUUAAGGAAGAGUUUAAUUACUUGGGAUAAUUUUGUUAAUGGCAUAUCAAAAUCAUGAUGAUUGGAAAGAKAAUAAGAUUAUGGGAGGAGAGCAGAGCUGUCCGUGUAUUGUGCUCCAAAUGUUACUUCCUUAAAAACAGUACCUGUGUCAAAUCAGCACCUUUUUACCUUAUCCCUGUUUGUGUUCACUGCAAAAAUUUCCCAUUGAAGAGACAAAAAAAAUAGAAGUCCCUCAGCUGAUACAGUAAAUUACAGGAAGGAAAGCCCAGCUUUCUGUGCUGUUGGGUGGGAUCUGAAUUAAUGCUAGAGAAGAGCUAGAGAAGACUUUUACCCAGUUCCUGGGGUGGGAGAGGGCCCUCCACUGUCUUGGGGUGCCCGGGUCCCCCWGGAAGGUGAUGCUCAGUGGGAGCUGUCACCAAC